AUGACAGAUAUUCUUCAAGCAAUUGCUUGCAAAAGUGCAGCAGCAGCACAUGCUGAGCUUCGGCUGAAAUCAGACAUUAGUUUGGGAGUAAACAAAAGUGGCAGUACUCGAAUAGAAUCUGAAGGUUCAGAACCAGAUAAAGCAGCUUUUCUAGCAGCGGCAAGACUUUCAACUUCAUCUGCAGCAUUACCAAAUCCACAGUAUUACACGCUAGACUGA